GGAGAGAGAAGGAUGAUGCCUGAAGCUUCUUGCACUCAGAGCUGCGAUUUGUGAGUGAAACAUGAUGAAAUCACCCCUGGACAAAUCAAAUGAGCCUGUCAACCUCACCAGGUGGGAUUAGUUGUAGCUAAUAGACUGAACUCACGGAGCAAACAACACUGCACUCAAUAUAAAGAAAAAGAGAGCACACUGUGAAGGCUUUUCAAGAAUUCUCUAGUAUGGCUAAGACAAGCUGUUUCCAGUUACAUCAGGUAAUAUCCUUAUUUGCUUUUGCCUUUGGUGUUAACGUCUGUGUAGGAUUUACAGCAAAUCGAUUCAGAAGAUCUGAAGACUGGGAUGAGGGCACGAUCUCAGUCCUGUCAGAUUCCCCCUGGAUCAGUACUUCUGGGUCCUGCAAAAGCAGAUGCUUUGAACUUCAAGAAGCUGAGCCCCCGGGCUGCCGUUGUGACAACCUGUGCAAGAGCUACAACAGUUGCUGCUCUGACUUUGAUGAACUAUGUUUAAAGACAGCUCGAGGCUGGGAAUGUACCAAAGAUCGCUGUGGAGAGGCAAGGAAUGAAGAGAAUGCCUGUCAUUGCUCUGAAGACUGCUUGACCAGAGGAGACUGUUGUACUAAUUAUCAAGCUGUAUGCAAAGGAGAGACUCACUGGGUGGAUGAUGACUGUGAAGAGAUAAAAUCUCCUGAAUGCCCAGCUGGUUUUGUUCGCCCUCCUUUGAUCAUCUUCUCUGUCGAUGGCUUUCGUGCAUCAUACAUGAAGAAAGGGAGUAAGGUCAUGCCCAACAUUGAAAAACUAAGAUCUUGUGGAACACAUUCUCCCUAUAUGAGACCUGUAUAUCCUACAAAAACCUUCCCUAACUUGUACACCCUGGCUACUGGACUCUAUCCUGAAUCACAUGGAAUUGUUGGCAAUUCAAUGUAUGACCCUGUAUUUGAUGCCAGCUUCAGUCUUCGAGGGCGAGAGAAAUUCAAUCACAGAUGGUGGGGAGGUCAACCAAUAUGGAUUACUGCUACCAAGCAAGGGGUGAAAGCUGGGACAUUCUUCUGGUCUGUUGUCAUCCCCCAUGAACGCAGAAUAUUAACAAUACUGCAGUGGCUAACCCUACCAGACAAUGAAAGGCCUUAUGUUUAUGCUUUCUACUCUGAACAACCAGAUGCUGCUGGUCACAGAUAUGGUCCUUUUGGCUCUGAGGAGAGUAGUUAUGGCUCACCUCUUACUCCGCCUAAGAGACCUAAGAGAAAGAUUACUCCUAAGAGGAGACAGGAAAGACGAGUUGCAUCUCCAAAGAAAAGAAGAAAAGUACAUAGAGUGGAUCAGUAUUCUGCGGAAUCCCGUCGGAACAAAAUGAUAAAUCCCCUAAGGGAUAUUGACAAGACUUUAGGACAAUUAAUGGAUGGACUGAAGCAGCUGAAACUACAUCGAUGUGUCAAUGUUAUCUUUGUUGGAGACCAUGGAAUGGAGGACACCACUUGUGAAAGAACUGAAUUUUUGAGUAACUAUCUGACUAAUGUAGAAGAUAUCGUAUUGGUGCCUGGGUCUUUAGGACGCAUUCGCCCUCGAUCUAAUAAUAAUCUGAAAUAUGACCCUAAAGUAAUUGUUGCCAACCUCACAUGUAGAAAGCCAGACCAGCACUUUAAACCUUAUUUGAAACAACACCUUCCCAAGCGUUUGCACUAUGCUUACAACAGAAGAAUUGAGGAUAUUCACUUAUUGGUGGACAGAAGAUGGCAUGUGGCAAGGAAAUCCAUGGAUGUUUAUAAGAAACUAUCAGGAAAAUGCUUCUUCCAUGGCGAUCACGGAUAUGACAACAAGAUCAAUAGUAUGCAGACUGUCUUUGUAGGCUAUGGUCCCUCAUUCAAGCACAAGACCAAAGUACCUCCAUUUGAAAAUAUUGAACUUUACAACAUUAUGUGUGAUCUGCUUGGAUUAAGGCCUGCUCCUAACAAUGGAACCCAUGGAAGUUUAAAUCACUGCUGAGGAACAAUGCAUAUACCGACCAUGCCAGAUGAAGUUGCAAGGCCACUCUAUCCUGUACUGCAUUUUCUGCAUCUGAAUUUUGAUUUGGGCUGUACAUGUGAUGACAAGAACAAGUUGGAUGAACUCAAUAAGCGAUUUCAUGUCAAAGGAACAGAAGAGAAACACCUCCUGUACGGACGUCCUGCAGUUCUUUAUCGUACAAAUACAAUAUCUUUACAUCACCAAGACUUUUUUGAAAGUGGUUACAGUGAAACAUUCCUCAUGCCUCUCUGGACAUCAUACACUAUUUCAAAACAGGCAGAGGUAUCUGGUGUCCCUGAGCAUCUCUCUAACUGUGUGAGGCCUGAUCUGCGCAUUUCUCCAGGAAACAGUCAGAGCUGUUCAGCCUACAGAGCAGAUAAACAAAUGACUUAUGGAUUUCUUUUUCCUCCUCAACUAAGUUCCUCUGCAGAAGCUAAAUAUGAUGCCUUUCUAAUAACAAAUAUCAUUCCAAUGUAUCCUGCCUUCAAAAAGGUAUGGAAUUAUUUUCAAAGGGUUUUGGUGAAGAGGUAUGCAACUGAACGAAAUGGAGUAAAUGUCAUAAGUGGACCAAUCUUCGAUUAUGACUAUGAUGGUUUACAUGACACACCAGAAAAGAUAAAACAGUAUGUGGAAGGCAGUUCAGUUCCAGUUCCAACUCAUUACUACAGUAUCAUAACUAGCUGUUUAGAUUUCACUCAGCCUGCUGAUAAAUGCGAUGGGCCACUAUCCGUCCUUUCAUACAUACUUCCCCACCGGCCUGACAAUGAUGAGAGCUGUAAUAGCUCAGAGGAAGAAUCCAAGUGGGUUGAAGAUCUCCUGAAGAUGCACACCGCACGAGUGCGUGACAUUGAACAAAUUACGAGCUUGGACUUCUUCCGAAAGACCAGCCGAAGCUACACAGAAAUUCUCUCCCUAAAGACAUACCUGCAUACAUUUGAAAGUGAAAUUUAACUUUCUGAUUUUACUCAGUGCAUCCUUCUAUCAACUGGUGUAUAUUUUUAUAUUGUUUUUAUAUUUAUUAAUUUGAAACCAGGACAUUAAAAAUAUUAGUAUUUUAAUCCUGUAUCAAAUCUUAAAUAUUAAGCCCUUGUGUCAGUUGUUUUGUUUCGCUAAUGUUUAAUGUAGGUAUGGGGUUUUUAGUGUGCUUGUAAUACUGCAGCUUGCAUCCUUAGUCACAGUGUUUAAGUGGUGCUGUAGAAUGGAUACUUGCAUUGAGGAAAUAUUAAUUUUCCAGUGCUCCUUUGCCACGUUUGUAGUCCUGUACUGUGUAUCAAAAUACUGAACAUGUAAAAUUACAUUAAUUUACUAUUAACUAUGUGACAGAAGUAUUUAAACCCUUUAGACAAAAAGAAUCUUAAAUAUAAUAAACCACACAUUCAGUUUU